CAAUCUGGUCCUCGUUACUGUCUAGCAGUUGUAUCUGUACACCCUCCUAAUCUGAUUCUUCAUAUAAUGUCCGCCAAAAGACGCAGCGCGAGACCGAUCACGAUAUUUCUUUCUUCUGGUUUCUCUAAAACAACUGACAACAUAUGUGUUUCCUAUUGCAUGGCUAACGUGGUUUUCCCGCUUGUAUUGAGUGUUCGUCAUGAUGGAUACAUGUGUACAGCUCUUAUCGUGACACGCUAACCCGCAUAUGGCCGAUAGAGACCAGGGUCGGGGAGCUUUCGCAUACGAAAUCGCAAGACCGACAGACAGCCCGCAGAACAUACGCUUUUGCCAGUCUCCGCCUCAUGCCAUGGCGUCCACCCCACAGUCGGUGCUUCAGAAAGCCGCCGAAGAUGGCUCGCUCGAUCCCGUUGAAUGGCCCCAGACUCUAUCAUACAUUCUCAAUCGCUUGGAUGAGAUAAUCGACCUGUUUCCCAAACCUACACAACCCUCCUCGACCGCCCGCCCCCAACCCACCAUCUCGAGUCAAGAUUCAGCAACUGGCGACAAGGAAAAUGCUGCUCCCACCACCCCAACUCGUCCUCCCGUCCCCGCCUUCGCCACCCAAGAACUCGGCCAAUGGCCCCCCGAAACCAUAAACAUGUACUCUUCCAUACGGACCGCGCUGUCCAAGAACUUCGCAAAAGAUGCCCCGCACACUAUCCAGCGUUUGGCCGAACUCAUCCUCGAACCACAGCGCAGAUACAAGUUCCUCCCGCCCUACCUCCGAGCCCUCGACCGCGUCAUUUCCGUUUCGUCCCCGAACGCUCUUUUCCCCCUCCCCCAGCCUACCCUUCCCAUUGCUACGGGCAUGCUCAAUGGCAUCACCUCUGUAUCUUCACCUUCCUCUGUGCUUGGAUCCGACGAAUCCCUCGGUGGCGCUCUACUCACACCCAUACCAUGGCUCCAGUCCCGCGGCGCUCAAAACGAAUUAGUUUCCGAGAGCACCGAGAUGGUAGAUGGCCCCAAUGGUGCCGGUAGGAUCGAGACAGUGACUGUUGCCAUGCUGAACGCCGGCAACUCAAACACCCCAACAGCCACGUCCCCGACCACAUCACCAACGAGCGCAACUCAAGGUGGUGGUGACGCCGCAAAUUCGCAGAUAGCGUCUUCGCACCCUGACGGCGAGAGCCUACCGUCCAUGGGAGCCGUCACACAAGGCGAAAUCCUUCGCCAGGAGCAGGAGGCCGGAGUUGUCCUUAACAAUCCCCACACUCUCACAUCCCAUCCUAGUCGGACCGUGAUCGGCGAGGCAGCGGUGGAAGGAAGUAGCGGUCCGGCCAACGCAAACGUCAUGGAAACAAUCGAGGGAGAAGAAGAAGCACCGCAUGCGCGUGGUCCCGAAGUCAUUGGCAUGGAGGAUACUGGUCCGCAACCGACCUCGGGUGCCUUGGACAUUGAAGGCGCCAUAGGCCGACCGAGCAUCGAGCGCGCGAGCAAGAGUCCCGGACCAACCUCCGAGCCCAAAGACGAGGCGACGGAUAUAGAGAAGGACAAAGACGAGGACAUGAAGGACGGUAGUAGCAGUGAUGGCGGUGCUGCCAAAGCUGAGGAUGACGCGAAGCCGGAUCAGGACACUGAGAUGAAGACAGACGAGUAG